UGUGCUGUGUCCCUCGGACACGCGGAUCACCGAUCCAUGGAAAGAGCUGGCCAUGUGAUCAGCUGUGUCCAAUCACAGCUGAUCACCGGCUUUCCGCGGAGGGGACAUGUACACUGAUCAGGGCACUGAUGACCAGUGUGCCCUGAUGAUCAGUGUGGCCCCAGAAGUGCCACCUGUCAGUGUCCAUCAGUGCCAGCUGUCAGUGCUGAACAGUGCCUAUCAGUGCACACAUCAAUGCCACAUAUCAGUGCCUACCAGUGCACAUCAAUGCCACAUAUCAGUGCCCAUCUGAGCUGCCUUUCAGUGUCACCCAUCAGUGCCAGUCAGUGCCACCUAUCAAUG